CUUUCGGUGUUGCGCUCCCUGGUUCUGCAGCAGCGAGCCGGAGCUGCCUGCGCUUCCCCCUUCCUGGCUCCCUUCGGCCGGAGCCGGAGAGGCCCUGGGAGGGAGGCCAAUGCCCGGCCGUGGCAGAGCCCCGCCGCGACCUCCACCCGUCCGCUGGCUCUAUGGACUUCGGGACCUUGCUGGAGGCCUUUAUCGGGACCAUGUACCUGGUUUUUCACCUUUUCCUUGCAACGCAGCUGCUGCUCCACCAGGAAGCAUUUGCCUGCGAAGACUGGGAGUAUGAAAUCAAGCGUGUAUGCUGCCGCACGUGUGGGAUAGGAUACCGAGUCUUAAAACACUGCACCCCCAACUCAAGUACAACGUGCAUUCCUUGUACGAAUGGGACGUACACAGAACAUCCCAAUGGACUGAAAAAUUGCUUUAGCUGUCGUGUAUGCGAUUCAGGAAUCCAGCUGCAAGUUAAAGAGCAAUGCAGCUAUACCAAGAACACGGUGUGCGUCUGCCGAGGAGAUUACUUCUGCGCUCUUCUCAAUGACCAGGGAUCCUGCGAGCACUGUGAGAAACACACGGUCGCCCCACCUGGUACCCGGGUUACAGAGCCUGGCACAGAAAUCAAGGACACCAAGUUCGAACCUUGCCCACCUGGAACUUUUUCAGAGACCGAGAUGUCGUCCUCCUGCAAGUCUUGGAUCAAUUGCAGUCAGGAAGGCAAGAGAGAAGUUCAAGCUGGAAGCUCAACAUCUGAUGCCGUCUGCGAGCCUCACAGUCCGGCUCCAGGGAGCACAACAAUAUUAUCGGCCAUUCUCGUUCCGCUUCUCGUUGUCUGUAUUAUUGGUGGCAUACUAAUAUGGAAGAGGAAAAAGGGGAAUAUAAAGGGUGCUGCUAGAGAACAGGAACGUUUCCCCGUUCAAGAGAAUGGCCACUACAUGAUGGCACCUAUGCAAGAAACUACUCAAAACCUUGGAGAACCAACUUUCAGGGUUGCUUGAGAAACUAAAACUCUUGGUUGGGAAUGCAUCAGCAUGGAUAAGACUUCUGUAAUGGUUCCCCUUCAGUAGACAUGAAACACUCUCCUUUCCUGAACAUCUUGGUGUACUACUUGAAGCAGCAAUUCCUGUGCAUGGCUAGAGAGAAGAAGUGGAAGAAGGUGGAAAUGCAGGAGGAAGGUCAAGAGGAAGGCGUAAGAGAGGACAUUUCUGGUGGGAAAGGACAAGAGAGGUUGAAUGCUUUGGACACAGGAGGUUCACUACAAAAAUAAAAGGAAAUACUCCCCAUGGUCUUUAACGAAGGGGGUUGAUCUGAACUGAACCCUUGACAAAUCAUGACUGUACUGGAGACCAGCCACCAGGGUGCUGUGCACUCUGCCAAUGUAACCCAGAUGCCCAGGCGAUGGGACCGCAAGGCAAGUCGUGUCGGGAGCUGCUGUCUGCUGAGAGGCCUACCAGAAAGGCUUUCAAGCUGGUCAGAAAUGGGCCAGAGAGAUCCGUGCUGCAUCUGUUCAAGGCUGAUGCCUGGAGGGGGUACUGGUGAAGGUCAGCUGGAGUCCAGGCUAGCUCAGAGCGUGCAAGAGUGCAGUCAGGUCAUUGGAGAGCAGAGACAGCACCCACCUGGACACCAGGAACUCGUGGUCCAGCAAUGUUGAUCCAGCAAUAGCCUAGAAGAGGGGUGGGGAGCCUUUUUUUAAUGUUGACAACUGGAUUCCCUUGUGGGUAAUCCCUGAAGGACUGCAUGCCAGCAGUGGGCAGCAUCUGGGGCUGGAAGGAGUCCCCUUUGACUUAAGGGGAUGCCUCUCCAUGAAGAUUGGGAGGGGCUGGUUACAUGCACUGCAUUGACAUCAUUUGGAGGCAUGGUCAGGCUGAGGCAAGCAGAUGAUAACACCACCCAGGUAGGUAAGUUGAGCUAGGUAUGGCAGGUAAGGGAGGACAUUUCUGGUGGGAAAGGACAAGAGAGGUUGAAUGCUCAGGUUGGGCUUGAGCAAGUCAUAGCUCAGAUUGAGGCGGAAGGCCAGGAUCAGAAGCUUUAUGGGACUGGCUGGAACCCAGUUGUCCUCUUAAGUCACAUUACACCCUUCUGAGCCGGAUGCUGCAGUACCACUCUCUGGCCAGCUUCAGUGAUGGUGCUGUGGAGUAGUGGAACUACAGUGGAGCACAAAAGCUGGACAUCAGGAAAAACGUCCUGACGUUAGAGCAGUACAACAAUGGAACCAGUUACCUAGGGAGGUUGUGGGCUCUCCCACACUAGAGGACUUCAAGAGAGGCAGCUGGACAACCCUCUGUCAGGGAUGCUUUGGGGUGGAUUCCUGCAUUGAGCAGGGGGUUGGACUCGAUGGCCUUGUAGGCCCCUUCCAACUCUGCUAUUCUAUGAUUCUAUGAAAGCAAGCCAUUGAGGCAGAAGGUGAGGCAUCUGGAUAUCACCUCCAAAGACUCAAAUUCAAGACCCCAAAGCCUUGGGAUUCCUGAUCACAUGCAUUCCCUAAGAACACAGGGACCUCUGGAAGGGCAUAACAUAGUUUCCGUUGAUUAGCUGCAAAUAAGGAUGUGUAAGAAUUUCAUUUCACUUCGCAAAUGAUUCAAAUGCUGUAUUCACAACCCCAAACAAACGGGAGCACGUUCUCCAAUAACGUCCACAAAUUCCCAGACCUGCAUCCAUGUUUGCAAAAUGCACAUGUUACAGAUGCACACUUUUUGAAGAUUUAAUGGAGGAAAGUGUGCAUGUUUAAAAAUUCACACUUCAAAUCGUGCAUUUUUAAAGUUGUGCAUCUUUUAAAAAUCCACAUUUUCAUCCUUGGGUCAAGGAUGGGGCGGGGACACAUGCACACACUUCUGAAAAAAUGUUCAGUGUUCCCAUUUGAACAACCCCCCCCCCCCAAAAAAAAAAACAGGUUGCAACUCAGAAUGGGAGAGAGCUGAACCAAGUUUGGAGAAUUCCAGCAGGCAGAAGCGUCCCUGGCUCUCUCAUCCCCAGCUGCAAAUAUAUUAUGGGAGAAAUUGUCAUUGAAAGGUAACCAACUAAGGGUCAAAGCACAAGUUAUGUUAAAGACGUCAAUAGAAGCUAAGUCUUCCUUUUUUAUUUACAGUUGGGGGUUUGGCACAGUGUCCAAUCUUUUUAUGGACCCCCCCCCCCCCCAGCUUCGGAAGGGGAGUUUAAUACUUUCCUCCACAAAUCACACACACACACACGGCUAUGGAGCUUAGAGGAUCACAAUAAGAAGGGAAGUAUUAAACUUCCUGCAUGGGGGGAGGGGGUUAGCUAUAAAAAUAGGACAUCCUCUCCCCAACUGUAAGAAAGGAAAAGAUGAGGCUGCCAAUGAGUUUUGACCCUAAAUGUGACCCUAAAGACGUGAUGAGAUUUAUCAGGCCUGCACCUACCAUCUGUACUUGUCUAUAAUUCCAAACUAUUCAUUAUUUAUACUGCCACGUUCCGUAGAUUCAUGCAGUUCUACUGUGUAUAAAUAAAACCUGUAUUUUUACCCUGCUAAA